CCGUUUUUCAUCUUGUCCAUAAGCAUAUGAGCAGUCUAUACAUAAAUAUCACUGCUAAAUACAAGAAAAGAAGAAGUAGACAAAUCAAAAUACCGCGUAAAAGAGUUUAUGACAUCUGUCAUUAUAUUAAAGGUACAAUGUACACAAAAAAUCAGUUUUUUAAUUUUUAUAUGUGAUCUGUGUAUGUGAUAUCUAAUUGUUUAAAUAAUGUCGACUAGAAAAAGAAAACCAUUUAAUAAUAAUACUAGUGAAAAUUCUACCCCUUUGAAAAAAAAUAAACCUGAGGAAAUCGCAACUCAAAAACGAGCCGGUGUUGUUAAUCGAAUAUCUUUAAAAAAUUUCAUGUGCCAUUCGUUUUUAGAAGUGACUUUCAUUAAAAACACUUUUGUUAUCGGUAAAAAUGGAAGUGGCAAAAGUGCCAUUCUAACAGCCCUAAUAGUAGGCUUAGGAGGAAAAGCUGCUCUUACAAACCGAGGUAGUAGUGUAAAAGGUUUCGUUAAAGCUGGAAAACCGUCUGCAAAUAUAGAAAUAGAAUUGUGCAAUGAAGGCCCGAUGGCUUAUAAACCAGCUGUGUUUGGAAACAAUAUUAUCAUCAUACGAAAUAUAACCGCUAGUGGAUCAAGUUCUUACAAGGUAAAGUCAGAUACUGGAGAUUUAAUAUCGACUCAAUCUCGCGAGGUACAUAACAUUACACUCGGCUUAAACAUUCAAGUAGACAAUCCAAUAUGUAUUCUAAAUCAAGAUACAUCUAGAAAUUUUUUAAAUAGUAACAAUCCGAAAAAUAAAUUUACUCUAUUUAUGAAAGCUACAAAACUUGAAAGCCUUGAACUCGAAUACAAGAAAACGCAAAGUAAUCAAAAAGAUUGUGUAACAGUAUUAAACGAAAAAUCAGUUAAUUUCAAAAAGCUUCAAGAUCAAAUUAAACAAUUUAAACAAAAAAUAGACAAUCAUAAGUCUAUUAUGUCUUUACGCGAUAAAAAAGAUUUGCUGCAAAGAGAGCUCAUUUGGGCGAAAGUUAGGGAUACCGAAGAAGAACUCCAUGGCUGUCAGUUAAAUUUGAAUACUCUAGAAAAAAAGCUAAAUAACUAUAAAAUUAAUUCAGCUAAACGAGUAGAAAAUAUGCAAGAAUUUAAAGAUAAUAUUGAUAGAUUAGAACAACAACUUCUUGAAAUAAAAGAGAAAAUUGAAGUAAAGAAAAUACCCCAACGGGAUAUAAAAAGUGAAAUUGAAGAACUAUUUAAAAACCUUUCUUCAAAAAAAAAAGAAAAACAGCGUCUUCUAACCUCCAUACAAAAUAAAUCCACCGAUAUACAGACAUUAAAACAAGAUAUUGGCGAAUCGAAAGAAAAUAUGUCUAAAGUAGAAAAACAAAAGAUGGAAAGGAACCGAAAUUUAACCACUCUUCAAAAUAAAUUAAAAGAAUUAGACGAUCAUUUAGGCGCCGCUAAAAAUGACUUGUUUCAAAUGAGGGGCGAUUUAUCACGAAAGGAAAACGAAGAAGAUGGUUUGAAACAAGAAAUCUCACAAAUUGAUAGGAAUUUAAAUAACGAAAAGAAUAAGUUGAAUGAUAUGAGUGCGGGAUCUAGUAAUGAGCUGCAUUUGUAUGGAAGAGAUAUUCCUAGACUUAAGCAAGCUAUUGCUCAGAAUAAGCAUAAAUUUCAGCAUGAACCCAGAGGCCCGUUGGGAUCUUAUAUAAAGAUGAAGAACAAACAGUGGACAGUGGCUGUUGAAGGAUACAUUGGACCAUCUAUUUUACAAGCUUUUGCAGUUGAUAAUAAGAAAGAUAAUGAACUUCUUCGAGAAUUAUUUAAUAAGGUAUUAGGAAAUGCACGUCAUCCACAAAUUAUAACCUCCAAAUUCCUAAUGAAAAAACACAACGUACCAGAAAAUUUGAUAAACGCACCUGACGAUUGCAUCAGCGUCUUCAACGCAAUCGAAAUCGACGAUCCGAUAGUUUCAAAUUGCAUUGUCGAUAAUUGCAGUCCGGAAUAUAUUUUGCUAAUCCCCUCAGAUACACGUGCCCAGCAGUUACUUUCCGAUAAGCAAUUUGUACCUAAAAAUUGUCGUCAAGGAAUUACAGCUAAAGGCGACAAGUAUUAUCCAGAUCCGAAUUACAGAUCAUACGCUUCGUCGUAUCACCGUGCUCAGUACCUUCAAAUUGAUACCAAAGAACAUUUAAAAGCUUUAAAACAGAGCAUAGCAAACAUGGUUAGACGAAGAGAAGAAGUAACGAAUACAUUUGAAACAUUAAAGAAGAGUAUGAGAGAACAGAUUAUGAAGAGACAACAACUAGAAGAAAAAAUUAAAAAAGUGAACCUAGCCAGAAUCCAAAUUAAAAAACAACUGGAGGAAUUGAAUUCUAUGGACGAACCAGAAUUUCAAAAUGUAAAUUUAUUAGAGGACGAACUUAAAGAAUGCUUGGAAGUGGUCAAAAAAGAAACAGCAGCUUUGGAAGAAACCAAUGGUUCAAUUAAAGAAAUAAAACAACUUAUACAAGAGAAAGAAUUCGGCCUUUCCGAAUUAAAAAAUUCUACCAAAGACAUGGAAGAGGAAUUUCAACGAAUCACCAACGAAAUUCGCGAGAAUCGCAUUAAACAAAAAGAGAUAUCCACUGGUGAGGAAUUGGAAAAAAAAGUAAUCGCUGAAUACGAAACGAGAGUUAGUAGUGCGAGAUCGGAAGUAAACUUAAAAAACAAAGAAGUAGAAAAAUCCACGAAUGAAGCAAGUGUUGUAGGAGAACGUUUACCAGAAUUACGACAAGUACCUACCAUUACAAAAGAGGUAACAGAAAUCAAACACAAAAUCUCCAGAAUCGAAACCGACCCUGAAAAUAUCGACCUAGUCGUCGAUAAAUAUACAGAGUUAACCGAAAAGUUCAGAAAAUCUUGUGACAUAAUGACCAGUCUCCAAGCCGACAUAAACGAACUUUCCUUAGCUUUAGAAAGAAGAAACAAGCAUUAUAAACUAACGGAAAACUAUUUCGUACAGUACAUGAGGUAUUCUUUCAGAAAAAUUUUGGAAUACGGACAUUUUAAGGGAAAUCUGGAUAUAAACAUUGCGGAUAAGAAGUUGGAUUUAAUAGUAAUUCCUCAACACGGAUCUCAAGGACAUACUACAACAUCGAAUCUGUCGGGCGGCGAGAGGUCGUUUUCGACGGUGGCGUUUUUGUAUUCCCUUUGGCAGUGCAUGGAAUUGCCGUUCUAUUUCCUGGACGAAUUUGAUGUUUAUAUGGAUAAAUUAACUCGUACUAAGGUGGUCGAUAUUUUACUUCACCAUGCUGCUUCUAAACCGCAACUGUUGUUUGUGUUUUUGACGCCUCAAGACGUUUCUUUCAUUAAUCAAGAUGUGGCUAUUUUGAGGUUAGAGGAUCCGCACAAUUUUAAUGUAUAAAAAUUUAUUGAAAGACAUUUUUUAGUAUUUAAUAGAAUAAGUUUUGUUCGUAUUUCUUACUUAUUAAUUUUAGAAAAGUAAUAUAUAUUUUUUUUUUGAAACAGAGUCUAAUUUUGU